AUGUCUCAGCAAAUAUCUCUAUGUGAACAAUGUCAUCAACAAUACACUUUAUUUCGACGAAAAAAACAAUGUAAUUUAUGUGGACAAAUAUUUUGUUCAAAAUGUAUUCAAAAACCAGGACCUUCUAUUGGAGUGAAUUGUUCACGUGCAUGUACAACGUGUUUAUUAAUUAUAAAUGAACAUACAACUAAUGAUCAAUUAGCAUCAAUACGUACAAAACAUCUUCGUGCUUAUCUUAUUUAUUCAAACAAAGUUUCUUUAAAUCAUCUUGAAUCUUGUUUUGAAAAACAAGAUUUAAUUAAUUUAAUUCAAUCAAAAAAAGAUCAAAUAUAUGAGCAAAAUUAUGUUUUUGUUGAACGACGUACAAUAACAAAUACUCAAACAUCAAAUCAUAAUACAACAACAGAAAAUAUUAAUCAUGAUCAACAAUCAACAGUCAAUACAGAUGAACAGACAUUAUCAUCAAAUAUUAAUUCUUCACUUCCAACAAAUGAGUCAGAAACGGAAACUUCUAUUGAAAGAUCAUCAUUAAAUAUUAGUUCUUCAAUUUCAACAAAUGAGUCAGAAACGGAAACUUCUAUUGAACGAUCAUCAUUAAAUGUUAGUUCUUCAAUUUCAACAAAUGAAUCGGAAUCGAAAGGUCCUAUUGAAUAUUCUCCUCCGAAUAUAAAUUCUAAUCGUAUAGCUCUUAAUGAUAUAUUAUCAUUAGAAUCAAUAAAUAAUUUAACAAUUCGACAAUUAAAAGAUAUUCUAAUACAAAAUUUUGUAUCAACAAAUGGAUGUGUUGAAAAAAAAGAUUUAAUUAAUAAAGUUGAAUUACUUUAUCGAGAUCAUCAAAAACAAAAAGAAUCAAAUAUAAAUAUUACUAAUGAACAAUCAGAUGAAAAUCUAUGCAAAAUAUGUAUGGAUGCGAAUAUCGACUGUGUAUUUCUUAAUUGUGGUCAUUUAUGUACAUGUAUACGUUGUGGUAAACAAUUAUCUGAAUGUCCUUUAUGUCGAUCUUAUAUAAUACGUGUCGUACGUGUUUUCAAAAGUUAA